AUGCGUUUCUUGCAAAGAAAUAGGCUUACAAGUUUGCGUCUAAACAGAAAUAAUCUUCAGCUGCUUUCUGAGUUGCUGUUUCUGGGGACUCCUAAACUAUACAGGCUUGAUCUCAGUGAAAAUCAAAUUCAAGCAAUUCCAAGGAAGGCUUUCCGUGGGGCCGUAGAUAUUAAAAAUUUGCAACUGGAUUACAACCAGAUCAGCUGUAUUGAAGAUGGGGCAUUUAGGGCUCUACGCGACCUGGAAGUGCUCACUCUCAACAAUAACAACAUCACUCGACUUUCAGUGGCAAGUUUCAACCACAUGCCCAAACUCAGAACCUUUCGACUUCACUCGAAUAAUCUCUACUGUGAUUGCCACCUGGCUUGGCUAUCCGAUUGGCUGCGGCAGCGACCCCGAGUUGGCCUGUACACACAGUGUAUGGGCCCAUCCCACCUGAGGGGACACAAUGUAGCAGAGGUUCAAAAACGAGAAUUUGUCUGCAGUGAUGAGGAAGAAGGUCAUCAGUCUUUUAUGGCUCCCUCCUGCAGCGUCUUGCAUUGUCCUACUGCAUGUACCUGUAGUAACAACAUUGUUGACUGUCGUGGGAAAGGCCUUACUGAGAUCCCAACCAAUCUUCCAGAAACUAUUACUGAAAUGUAGGUUAUCUUGCUUUUUUGCCAUUAACUUGUAG